GUCGUGUUUGUUUUCUUCCUUUCAUUUUUUUCAUUAAAUAGAAGCAAACCAUAUUCCAAAACCUUCACUCUGCUACAACUUCUUUCUUCCUUUUUUUUACAAAGAUUGUCCAUAGACAAUUUGUUUGGUUGUUUGUUCAAGCAGUUGUUUCUGUAACUAGUUUCUGUAACUAGUUUCUGUUUUAUUUUCUUCUUUCUAGGCCGUUCUGGUAUUUAGCUUUUUCAAAAUUUCAAGGAACAAGAAAAUCUAUGUUUGUUGGUUGGAGGGAUCUUACAAAUUUUCUUAGCUUCUAGAUUCUGAAAAAGUUUAAAACUCAAUAUCAUAAUCUAAAACAGAGAGGCCGAGAGAGACAAUGUGGUGGUCAUCAUCGUCGGAAGCAAGAUCAAACCUGGAGAGGCUUAUUGGAGGAAUUACUCCAAAGCCCCCUUCUUUCUCUCUAUCACAGAGCUCCGAGAGUGAUUUGAAUAGUUUAUGGACACAAGAGAGCAAAGAUGAAACUGAGUAUUUCAAGCUUAGUGAUCUUUGGGACUGUUUUGAUGAGCUAAGUACGUAUGGACUUGGAUCAAAGGUUGAUUUGAACAAUGGCGAAUCCGUUAUGCAAUACUAUGUUCCAUAUCUAUCCGCCAUUCAAAUCUAUACUAGCAAAGCUCCAGCCAUUUCCAGGAACCAAAGCGAGGUGGUUGAUUGUGAGAGUGAAUGUUGGAGUGAUGAUAGUGAGACUGAGAAGUUUUCAAGGUCUAUGAGCAGUGGUUCUAGCAAAGUAUGGGACUCUGUUUCUGAUGAUUCAGCUUAUGAACUCGAUGGCAUUUCUUCUCCAAUGCAAGAUAAGCUCGGUUACGUUGAGUUUCAGUACUUUGAAUCAGCUAAACCGAACUUGCGAGUUCCUCUUACCACCAAGGUUAACGAAUUGGCUGAGAAGUAUCCAGGACUUAUGACUCUAAGGAGUGUUGAUUUGUCUCCAGCAAGUUGGAUGGCCAUUGCUUGGUACCCUAUAUACCAUAUUCCAUCUCGGAUGACUGAUCAAGACUUAACAACGUGUUUCUUCAGUUAUCAUACACUUUCUUCGGCCUUACAAGGUGAUUUGGUUGAGGGUGAUAAUGAGAAUAACAAAACCAUGGAAGAAGAAACAGUGCCUUGUGAUGAUGAACCAGUGGUGACGAAGAGACUUCCUUUGGCUCCUUUUGGUUUAGUUACUUACAAGCUGCAUGGAGGUUUGUGGGGGAAUCAAGAAUCUUGUGACCAAGAACGGCUAAUUUAUCUUGGAAGUGCAGCGGAGUCAUGGAUGAAGCAGCUUAACGUUCAUGAUCACCAUGACUACACCUUUUUCUCUAUGAACAAGAGCUUGUAGGUCCAAAUAACAAUAAUAUUCUGAUUCUAGUUGUUUUCUCGUGUAUAUAUAGCAAACUCGUCAAUGUAGAGGUUUCUUUUCCUAAUGUUGUACCCAUGGAAAAUAAAUAACUUGGGUUUUGUUUUUUCGAGUGUACAUCGAUGGUUUCUGUUGUAAGAGACUCUGGGAAUGAUACUUAGAGCAUCUCCAAUGGUGUUCCCACCAUUGGAGUCCUUAAGUGUA